UAUUAUUAUUGUGAUAAGCAAUCUCAACUUCGAGACAAUCUUCUGAUGAGUCACGCAACAACUUCAUAAACAAUUGUGACUUCGUCAGUAUUUUGGAACUUUAAUUCAUCCGAAAGAGAGCGACACAAAAUAUGGCGUCGAACACCAAACCUGGCGAGAAUAUGCUAUGGGGAGGCCGCUUCACCGGUGGCCUCGACCCUCUCAUGGUGGCCUACAACGAGAGUAUCCACUUUGAUAAGGCGUUGUACAAGCAAGAUAUCCUGGGCAGCAUCGCUUUCGCCCGCGCCAACACGAAGGGCGGCAUUCUCACAGCGGACGAAUUCGCUAAGAUCGAAGAGGGUCUUCAGGCCGUGAUGAAGGAAUGGGAAAAUGGCACAUUCGUCAUCGUGCCUGGUGUGGAUGAGGACAUCCACACCGCCAACGAGCGCCGACUAGGCGAGAUCAUUGGCAAGGAAGUUGCAGGCAAGUUGCACACAGGCCGCAGCCGCAACGAGCAAGUAGCCUGCGACAUGCGCAUGUGGCUCCGUGACGAGCUGCGCAAAAUCGACGCACACCUCGUGACCUUUCUACGCGUCGCCGCUGAACGCGCCGAGCGCGAGGUCGACCACGUCAUGCCCGGCUACACGCACCUGCAGCGCGCCCAGCCCAUCCGCUGGAGCCACUGGGUCAUGUCGUAUUCCCUAGCCUUCGCGGCUGACCUCGAACGUCUGCGUGAGGUUAUCCGUCGAGUUAAUAAGAGCCCCCUUGGAUGUGGUGCGCUAGCGGGCAAUCCGUUUAAUAUCGAUCGUUAUAUGAUGGCGAAAGAACUCGGUUUCGAGGGCUUGUUGUGGAAUUCCAUGGGUGGUGUUGCGGAUCGUGAUUUUGUGGCCGAGGCGCUGCAGUGGGCGUCCAUGCUCAUGCAGCAUGUCUCGCGAUGGUCUGAGGAUUUGAUUAUUUACUCGACGGCUGAGUUUGGUUUUGUUCGUCUUGCGGACGCUUACUCGACUGGAAGUUCUUUGAUGCCGCAGAAGAAGAACCCGGAUAGCUUGGAGUUGUUGAGGGGUAAGAGUGGACGUGUGUUUGGACAGAUGGCUGGGUUCAUGACGACGCUGAAGGGUCUACCUAGUACUUACAACAAGGAUUUGCAGGAGAGUUGGGAGGCUAUGUUGGACACAGUCAAGACGGUGAGCGACAGCAUACAGAUCGCGACCGGUGUGUUGGCGACGCUGGAUAUCAAGCCUGAGAAGAUGAAGUCCGCGCUUGACCCCUUUAUGCUUGCCACCGAUAUCGCUGAUUACCUGGUCCGAAAGGGGGUGCCAUUCCGUGAGACGCACCAUAUUUCAGGCCGUGUAGUAGCCCUGUCCGAGAGUACUGACACACCGAUGAACGAGCUCACGUAUGAGCAGUUGAAGUCAGUCGACGCCCGUUUCGAGCAGGAUAUUGCUGAGUAUUUCGACUACGAGCGAAGCGUUGAGAUGCGCUCUGCUAAGGGUGGUACUAGCAAGGAGAGUGUGCUGGAGCAGAUCAAGGUUCUUAAGGAGGUACUUGAUGCCUAAUUUUGCGACAUGAUUUUGCCAACUGGGCGUUCUAUAUACAAUUGGCGAGUAUAGAAUAUGAUGAGUCUUGUUCAAUGGUAAUUAGCUUGACGGAUGACUAGGGGAAAAAUUACUCAGGCAUAGACAAAAAAAAAAAAAGUUCUCAUCACAGGACCAUCAUUAGCAAUUACCA